AUGUUUAUACCCCACCCACGGACUUCAACAAAAGUUUUUUUCCACCCCUGCUUUCAGGACCGAGAAGGCCACCGUGGGCGAAAACGUGUGGCCUAUGCCGAAGAGCCUCCCAAACUCCCGCGUCCACUGCCUGGCUUUCGCUCAACUGUGGACUCCUGGAAUCGCGAACGUGACCGGCGCCGCGUUGAAGCCAAGCUGGGCCUCCGGGAAGAAGGUGAUGACACUACAGUGUUUGUAAAUGAGAUGGACGAGGAGAUGGUAAUUGCCAUCGGCUACCGGCGGGUGCUCUAUGGUGACCAUGGGCCUUAUCUGGAGUUCACUUAUCACCAGAUGUGUUGGGAGGCCUUCACUGAUGUUCUGCCCAAUAAGCCAUCACAUGCCUACUAUGACGAGCGCUGGACGCCAGACAACCACGUCAAGGCGUACGAACAGCGCAGAACCGUCCACAACAGGCCGAACCCCCCACCCGGUGAGUGGUCGGUCAACAACAAUCGGUAUGACACCGGCUAUGCCGACUACCAGCCGGGGUUUAUUUACAUCUCUGCAGAUUGUCUUGGCAUCAGUGGAGUUCCGAGUGUUCCCAGCAGACCGCCCACAAGCCCCAUGCGACAAACAUUCAGAAGAAGGCAAAGAGGGGGCGGAAAAGCGCCCAAACCACAGCCCACGAAGGCUUCAGAGAUCCAGACCGCCCACGCAAAGCUCAAACCGAUCAAGGUCUUGAAGGCGGCCUCCAAGCUGAAGCCGAGCGGAACGAGACGGCCGAGCGGACCUAGUAAGCAGAGCAGACCGAGCGGGCCAAGGCCGAGCAAGCAGACAAUCGGGAUGAUCGACGAAAUGAAGGAACUCAUGAAGAGACUGGACAAGUUUAAUCCAGUGAAGCCUCCAAAACUUUCCUGUCCCAAGCGCAAGA